GUGCUGGCUGGCGAUGACGAGUCCAGCACGUGAUGAGACAUCUUCCUUGGUGCGGCGUGAGACGGAGGGGAAGAAAGACGUGUGCUCAGAAGUCUUCCUCCAGGGACGCCUCCUCCUCCUCCUCCUCCUCCUCCUCGUCCUCAUCAUCGUCAUCCUCUCCAGUUAGUCUCAGAACCUCGUCUUUGUAAGAAGACAACCCGGAGUGGAGAGAACCAAGGGGACGCCCACGGAACUCAUGGAUGAGGUCCCUGGAGAAGAGAGUCUUGAGCGUGGAGACGUGCAACUGCAUCAGGACGUGGUGGGUGGGGACGAGUGUGUCCUGGAGCUGCCUGCUGAGGGCGGUGAGGCCGACCACGUCGUUGGGGCAGCAGUCCCUGCACAAAUUGCUGGGUUGGGACAUGAGCAGCUAGACAUUUGGUGCCCUAAGUGCCCCAGCCAGCACCAUGGAGGGGUCCAAGGACCCUACAUCACCCCGGCCCACCCCAUCCCCCAGGGCAACACAGCUACUGGACGGCCCUGACAGCAACAUGAGUCCACGGGGGAAAAGCAACAGCCCCAGCCCCGGCCCCGCCCCGGACAGCCAGCCCAGCAGCUUGGCCUACUCCGGGGACAAUGAGGAGGAGUACCUUCGGGCCACUUGGCAGCGGCUUGGGGUGGGCCAUGAUGGGUACUUGUCCCUGGAGGAACUGGCAACGGUCUGUCAUGCAAUUGGCAUGGAAAAGGUGGCCAAUGAGGUGUUGGAGCAGCUGUUCAGUCGCCUGGAUGUGGACGGGGACGGCAGGAUCAGCUUUGAGGAGUUUGUGCACAUGUUCCAGAACGGAGGUCCCAGCGGCAACACGUCCCUGGCCCUGGAUGACUCCCUGACCCAAGACGUACCCGGUGGCACCCUUAGUCGGAUGGGCUCAGCUGGCGAGGACCGAAGAGGCUUAGCGAUGGCCGAGUCCAGCGUGUUCUCCGCCCUGGACCCUGACAACACUGGGUAUACCCGCGUGGAUGCCCUGCUGGAGGCGUGGGAGGGACUCAACAUCACCAACGGCACUAGUCUGCUACGAGAGUUGUCCUUCCCUCACCGCCCGCACGAGAGCCUGUGUUUGCAGGACCUGGCGGCGGCGCUGGAGUCGGAGUGCCAGGUGCCGGAGGAGAGCGGCGGGGGGAGGGUGACGCUGCUGCAGAUGGCACUCCUCACCUACCUGCACGAGAUUAAGUUCCUCAGGGUGAGCGUAGAGGCGGCGCGGGGUGAGCGGGACAAGCUGAAGCAAGACCUUGGGGAGGCGAACCAGCGGGUGGCACUGCUGGCCCAGGACCUUGACGACCACAACGCCCGCAUGGAGGCAGCCUCGCACCACCACCUGCAGGAACUGGAGAGGCAGUACCGGGAGCAGGUGAGGGAGCUCCAGGAGGCGGUGGUCGGGGAGCGAGAGGCUGCAAGGGAACAGGUGUCAGCGGCGGCCAAGGAGCUGCAGGCGCACACCUCACACCUGCAGGAGGAGGACUCGAGACUGAAGGCCGCUCUUGCCUCCCUCACCGCUGACAUGAAGCGACUGGAAUCGGAGAACCUUGAGUUGAGUGGGAAGCUAAAGGAGGCAGAGAAGCAGCUCGUACAGAUGGAGAGGCAACUGACAGAACUCAACACCCUGAAGACCAAGAUGGCCAAGUAUGAGUGUGAGGGGCCGAGGGAGGAGCAGUACCAGCAGGUUGUGGAGCAGCUGCAGCGCGUGGUGGCAGAAAACCAGCAGCUGCGGGACAGUAACGACGAGCUCCUCUCCCAGCUGGACUCCCUGCCGCUCCGCCUCCCCUCCGCCCGUGCCAGCGACAAGGAGACCUACAGCCUGGACGGGUCGUGCCUCGGGGACUACAUGGACCCGCCCGUGGGUUUGCCGGCGCCAGUGAAGCGUCGCGGCAGCAGCAGUGGUGGCGGGUCUGGGGGUGAGGACAGCUGUGAGGAGGAGAGUCCCCGAGGCAGCAAAGUGAGGCGGUGCAGCAAGGGCCCCAACGUGCACUAUGUCGAUGUGGGAUCAUAUGAUGAGUCCUUUUUCGACACCAGCAUGAGUAGCCUCCUGAAGGGCUCCCCCGUGCCCUCUGCCCAGCCGGAUUUCAUCUCGUCUGCUGCGGAGGAUUCACCCGUCAAGGCACCACACCAUGACCCUGACCAGAAUGAGUGUGGCGAGGGGGUGGUGAGGGGCGACGGGGACGGUGGGGAGUCUGGUGUUGUGUAUCGUCGUGUCAACAGGGAGCUGAAGAAGGUGUUUGAGCGGGUGAAGGACAGCAUGCGGGAGGAAUACAAGCACGACACCCUGACACCCAUCACCACCAGGGACCACCCCAUCGCCCUGGCUACACGGGAGGAGCUGGAGGAGGAGGUGAACCAGCUAAGAGAGGAGCGCCAGCAGCUGUCCCACCGCCUGCAGCAGCAAAGGGAGGAAAUUACACACCAACUGGAGAAGAAGGAGUUUGAGUGUGAGGACCUGCUGAAGAAGGUGGUGCGGGUGGAGGAGCAGCUGAGGAAGGUCACCUCCCAGCUGGACACCUCUGCCCCGCCCCCGCCCAGCCCCACCCCAGGCUUAGGCAGCACGCCCAACACCUCCACACCUGUCAAGGGAAGCCUCUCCAAGGACAGAUGUGGGUGGUGCCUGGACACACAGGGGCAGCUGGCGGUGGCGCUGGAGGAGCUGGAGAUGGCCCUGCGGCGGGAGGAGCAGGAGCGGGUGCAGCGUGUGGCGGCGCAGAACCUUCUCUCCGCCAGAGACGGCCCAUCUAGUGGAGGGGACUCAGGGGCAGAAACCACCACCACGGCCUACCCUGAGUCCUCCACUGCUGAUUGUCGGACGGCACCUUCAGCGGAGGGCAGGGCCGGGGUGUUGGAGGGGAGGUACAGAGGGGUGGAGAGCCAGGUGGCAGGACUCAAGCUGGAGAUCCUGAAACUCCAACAGGAAGCAGCAAGUCUUGUGCAGCAGGCCGAGGUGUCAGAGGCAGUGCCUUGGGGUGAAAGGUGCCGAGCACUGCUGCAGAAGGUACAGAGGAGGAGGCAAGCCCUUGCCCCACACCCUCAAACCCCACCCCCUUCAGAGGACAGCAGGGAGGAGGAACAGCAGCAGAAGGAGCAAGAGGCCAAAGAGAGCCAGGAUGGAGAGGCCUCAUCACCACAACCUGCCAAGGAUGACAUGCAGAGGCUUGAGGAGGAGAUUCAAGGACUGGAGGUUGACCUGGUGAGGGAGCGAGACAGCCUCGAGAAAACCCGCGCCACACUCAUGGAGAAGAACACCAAACUGGAGCAGGAUCUCGAGUUACUGCGCAUGGAGUUUGACAAGAGUGAAGACUACUGGACCCUAAAGCUGCAGGAGGAGCAGGACUACUACGAGGAGGAGCGGCGCCUGUAUGAUGACAAAUUUUCAGCACUGGAGAGGAAGAUCCGAGAGUACGAGGAGCUGGUGUUGGCAGGAGGAGGGGGGGCGGGGGGUGGCCGGGAGGCAUCCGAGGAGUCUGACCGCCUCUCCACCAUUGAUGAGAGUGUGAUUUGGGAAAAACAGGUGACAGAGCUGGAGGAGGAAGUGGCCCAAUUGAGGGGACAACUGGAGGACCUGCGACAAGAGAAGCUGUCAAUGGAAACCCAUGUUGAGGCCUGUGUGGCAGAGGAGCGGCAGCGAGCCAGCCAAGAGAGGGCAGUCCUGCAGGAACAGGUCGCCUCUCUCUCCUCACAGCUACAGCAGACUCAGCAACAGCUCUCAUCAGUCGUGGAAGAGAAGGAAAACAUGAAGAGAGAGGCAGAGCAACAUAUUCAGCAACUCCUGAAUCAGCAAGAACAGCAGCAGCACCUGCAGGUCGGGUCAGCUCCACAGGUUAAUGGUCACUUGCAUGAAGGUCGUCGAGGUCAACAGCCGGAGUUUGGCACCCUGGGGGAGGAGACCAUCAGGGUGUGCCUUCGUGCCCAGCUGAGGCAGUGCCAGGAUCGUCUCAGGUUUUUGGAGGCAGCACUACGGCACCACCACACCCACGCCCACCAUAUCCUUACUGUGACCCGGGAGCAACAUGCAGCUGAGGUACAGAACUUGGAGAGCAUGAUGGCAGCUACACAGCAGAUGCUUGGCCAGCACAUUGCCAAAUACAAGGACCAGCUAAGCAAGGCCAGUCGCAGCGACUCCUUAGUAAAGGAGCUCUACUUGGAGAAUGCUCAGCUCAUGCGUGCCCUCCAGGUGACCGAGGGGCGCCAGAAAAUUGCAGAAGAGAGUAGUCGGAAGGUGCAGCUCUCGGCUGCUCUUGCAUCUAUGUCUUAGGCUAUUGUAAUGCUAGCAUCCUACACAAUGCCCCUACACUAUUUAUUGGUAAAAAGACAUUCUUGAUACAAUGGUGCAGUAUAACCAAUCUUGUGUAUAGUGCAUGCCAUAAUUGGCCUAAAUUACAAGGGGACUGUAUGCAUCAUCCAUGCAAAGACACACCAUAAAGCCCUGCACACCCUACCUCUGCCAUGAAUGACCUAGAUCACCCCUACACCUUUCAAUUCCUUUGGGGCAGAAGACCCGAGAUGCCUUUGCCAUGUACAAUGAAGACUUAAACACUUCCUGCCAAAGAGGUCUCAACACCCCCUGCCAUAACAUACCUAACACUUUGUUGCAGACAAUACAUCAGUACAUUGAUUUCUCACAAUGCCUAGGUGUCUGUUUGAUGAACCCUACUGCAUAGCUCCCUUCUCAUCCAUGUCCCUAAUUACUAUGUUGUUUCAUUCACACACGCAGCACACUCAACCAUUCAUUCCUAGCUGGUGCUCCAUAGCCAUCUCCUCCCGUUUUUUCAGUGCCUGAGAAUCAUUGAGACCUGAUGUUAUUUUUGUACUAUAAAGAUAGUUAAAAGUUCCAGUCACACCAUUCAAGAGGCCUGUUUUAGUUGAAGGCCAUGCUGUUUUACUCCAUACAGUAUAUUUUUUUGUGAAAUCCUGAAAUGGAGAGGGAACCCAUUGCAAACCUAGAUUGUCACCAGAGUUAUUACAACCAAUGAUAUAUAUUUAAACUAUUCACUGGUGCAUAAUCACAGGUAGGCAUGAAUAGAAAGCCUUGCAUCUGGUUAGGUUUGUAUAGUGUCUAGCAGAAAAGUGUGAAGCAUCCCCUACAAAACAACUGGUAAUGCAUCAAAUCCAUCCCCACUGGAGGGAUGGAGCAACAAUACAUAACUCCCUCUCUUACAUUGUCAGUCUGCAACCAAGCACUAAGCACUGACAGAAAAAAUCAUAGUCCAAUAAUAAAAGAAAAAUAAAAACAUGGGGAGGGUGCAUUACCACCUUUCAGGGAAUGCCUCAAGUUUUAGACAGUCAGGCCGAUGAAGUCAUAGCUAGGUGACAAAUGUGUGUUUCUAGGUUAUUGUAGAAUAGACAAAGAAAUGAAAUAAUAGUUUAAAUGUAUGUAUGAGUAGGAUGUAUAUGAAAAAAAGCUUAAAAAAGGAAUGGGUUGAAUUUGCGGCUGUGCUGCAAAGUUGAGUAAAGGCUUGUGUUAGACGGCUGAAGGGAGGAACAUUGUAGUUCAGUAUCCAUCUACUAAGCCCCGGCACAAGACUUGGCUCCUGAUGGAUAACCACCACCCUUUCUCCCCUAACUAGUCUACAUAUAAAUAAAGCUUUCCUGUGUGUGUGCUGCAGCUGUUGUGGGUUAUAAGGUCAUGUUAAGGUGUUAUAUGCAUACUAUACAUCCAUAGCCUAUCAAGUAGUAGUUGAUGUUCCUGAGAAUUACUCAUUGAUGGGCAUUCUUGUUAAUCAUCUCCAGGCACUCAUCACCUCCUACAUCUUACACAAACAAGAAAUCCAACAAACAACAGCCACAACCUUUCAUUCCAUCCACACCUCUCCAUCCAUCCACCAGACUAUAUUGGAUGCCUAUGUUUGGUCCAGUCGCCCCACUGCUCACACACUAAGUCAUGUGCCUCCAUACCACUUUCAGCAGCCUAGUGCUCCACCAGGUCCCCAUGGCAACAGAGUGUGACUCAGUGUUGUAGUACCAAAGAUGGUAUUGUGUUCGUGCCUGUGUGUGUGUGUGUGUAGUUGAGCAUGUGCCAUACUGAGAGAGUCACCCGAGUGCCAGUAUGUUCGCUGCAAGCUAAAUGGCAUUCUUUGAUUUCUCUACUCGCCCCGGCCCCUCGAUUAGCUCCAAUUAGUUACAAAAUUUCUUUUAUAGCAGUUUCUUGAUUUUAAGGUGGUGUGAAGUAAGCAGUUAUGCAUUAAUAUGUUACUUGAGAUGAUGCUUCAUCAAUUUAAAAAUUGUGAUAUUAUUAAUGGAAAUUUUGUGAAUUUAACUAAUACCAAAAAUUCCAAACUCACACUAUGAUGCAAUGCAAUUUCAGUGUAAAGUAAAAAUCUUGGAUGACUUAUUGGCCAAGUCAAGAAACCACUGAGUAUGUCAUUAAUGGCUUAACUGCUGAACAAUUCAAGUAAAUUAUUUUAUUUUACUUUGUUGUUUGUAAAUACAAGAUUACCAUACCUGCUCAUAUGCAGUUGGUUGACUGACCCCUGAUAGGAGUGAAAUAAUUUUAUUGCAGAUAUUACAAAAUAAAAAUCCCCCAAAAUCAAAUAAACAUGCCAUAGAUUAUUACCCCAUUCUGUACAAAUCAAGCUGACCUCAUCAAGGGCAAUGCUGGACUAUUGGCACACAGAUAUACAUAUGCACACAAUUGUUGGAAAACAACAAAUUACCAAAUAAAGUUUCCUUAUUU